AUGUAUUAUAACAAUCUCACAACCAUCAUAUUUAUAGGAUUUGAUAAUAUUACCAGUUUUAAAGCUCUACUCUUCUUCUCUUUUCUUGCAAUUUACUGUGCAACAAUAUGUGGCAACCUCCUGAUUAUAAUGUUAGUGUGCAACAACAAGAAUCUCCACUCUCCCAUGUACUACUUUCUCACCCAACUCUCCAUAUCUGACCUUAUUUUGUCCACUGAUAUUGUCCCCAAUCUACUUCGAGUUAUCCUGUUUGAUAGAAGCACCAUAUCCUUCAUAGGAUGUUUCACCCAAUUUUAUUUAUUUGGUCUUUCUGAAGUUCUAGAGUGUUUUAUUUUGACAGUGAUGUCUUAUGAUCGAUAUCUGGCCAUCUGUAACCCUCUACAUUAUAACUCUAUAAUGAGCUCUUUAUUCUGCAUGAAGCUGAUUAUCAUGUCUUGGAUAUCUACUUGUAUUUGUGUAUUCAUUCAAGCAUCACAAAUACACCAACUGCACUUCUGCGGACCAAACAUUAUUGACCAUUUCUUUUGUGAUUUUGACCCUGUUCUUAAACUUUCCUGCUCCAGUGUUUUCACAGUUCGAUUGAUAGCAAGUAUUUUAAGUAUUCCAUUUUUUUUAUGUUCCUUUAUAGUAAUUGCUUUAUCCUACUCCUAUAUCAUUUAUACCAUUGCUAAAAUGACUUCAAUUGUUAGACGUAAGAAAGCCUUUUCAACCUGCAGUUCCCAUUUUGUGGUGGUAUCUAUAUUUUAUGGGACAUUUAAUGCUAUGUAUCUUAUACCGACCAAAGGCAAACCAGUGAACAUCAGUAAAGCGCUUUCUGUGCUGUAUACAGUCAUCACUCCAUUUUUAAACCCUAUAAUCUACAGCUUGAGGAACAAAGACAUCACAAAAGCAUUCAAUAAAUUAUUAGGUAGUGAACAAAAGAAUCAAUAA